UGGUUUUAGGUCAGUUGAAGCUGUCAGCGUACAUGAACUAUGGUCUUCUCACUGUACACGUUAUCCAGGGACGUCAUUUUAGUUCAGCAUGGAAACAACAGGCCAACACGUUUGUCAUGAUCUCGGUCAUCCCUGAGGUUACAGGUGUAACCCCCACACGCUGUAGAACAGCCAUCGUUACAGACAGUACACGUCCAUCGUACAAUGAGAAGUUUUCUUUUGAGGUUGGUGAUGAUGACGUUCACAGACGACUCUUGUUGACAGUCUAUCAUAGAGAUUCUUCUGGUAACCACGAGUCUCUGGGAUGUACAUCAUUUGGUAUCAGACACCUCCAGCAGGGAAAUCGUGAAGUAAAUGGUUGGUACCACCUUCUCACUGACAGUGUUGGUCACAAGAAACAUCUACGUGUAACCGCCAAGGACAGACCUUCUGUUCCUGUGAUGCAGAGCCGAGAACCACGCCAGAUACCAGCCGUUAAUCGUGAUGUACCAGAUCUUGAUCGCCUAGACUUAACCAUCUAUCGUUCCCAGUAUGGUGGUUUUGGUUUUUCUGUUGUUGACUCGUGUCCAGUGAAGAUUGGUCGUGUUGAUGGGUCAUCUAGUGCUCAGGAAGUUGGUCUUCAGAAAGGUGAUCUUGUUAUCCGGGUCAAUGGUCAGAAUGUGUCAAGGUCAACUUCAGUCAGUGUAGCCAGGUGUAUAAAGAAGUCGGGAAAUAGAGUUCAGUUAGAGGUUCAACGCCCAGGUUGUUAUGCCACACCCACUCCUCUCCAAUCAUCCGCCUUGAAGUCCAGCAGUGAAGACUCUGGUAACACCUCCGUCCAGGAAUUUACGAUCUGUGACGAUAGAACGGCUCUACUCAACUCAGCCAUUAGUGUAGACACACGCAGACAGGCCGCUCUUCAUCGGUUAUUAUGCCUUGAGGAGAACUUUGUCGACUUUAUGAACUCCGGAAUCCAGAAGUUUUCACGUCCCCUCCGCCACUGUGUUAUCAACAGCUCCCAGCAUGCAACACUCUUCCAAAACAUAGAAAAGAUAGUUUGUAUGAGUCAGUACCAGGUACACCAGAUAUUAGAUAAUCUCCCAUCCUACACACCCUCUGAUGAUGAUGAUGAUGAUACUUCGUUUGUUGUUGAGAAUGAUCUUACAUCAGUCAUCGCCAUGAUCUACCUAUCUAAGUUACCAGUGAUCUGUACAGCUUACGCCUUAUACGCUAGGGGUCUGUCCCACGCUGCCUCCUUGCUUGGUUCCCUGGAGAAUAACGAUCAGUUCUGUGGUUUCCUACUUAACGUUUCUCAACAAGGGAAGGAACCCAGUCUGUGUGACUUCAUUAAUCGUCCCCUCGCCCACUUUCAGGAAGUUUUUGGUCUGCUUCAGAUUAUAUCUACCACUACAAUGCCUCACUCAGAAGAACGAGCCAUGUUUUUUGACAUUCUCACAGGACUACAGUCGGUUAACGAGCUAGUCGCCCUCACAGACUUAGUCACCAGUACUUUUCCCACCACUGUAAUCACUCUGCCCACAGUAUCAACCCAGCGCCGAGUACCACUAAUGGGGUCAUUGGUCUUGAAACGGUCAUCAUCUGAGACGUCGUCCUCAAGCGGGUUUGGUAGUGGGUCAUCUCAGAACUCAGACAUUCCUUCAUGUGGUUCAGAGACAGAGAACACUGUUUGUGAUCAUUCUGUGUUUCUAAGUACACUUGUGUAAAGUGAAAAAUGGAUUAUAUGAAAGUGCUAUCUGUGUUACACGAAUGUGUAAAUGUUGUUGUUGUUAUUCUAAAGAUUGUUAAUUUUUAAAAAUUUGUUAAUGAUAUUUGUUUAUGUAUUAUUUAAAUCAUGUAAAUAUGUGCUAUGUAUAUAAAUUAUGAAAGCUUCUGUAUAAUCUACCUUUCCUAAACUUUCAACGUU